CAGGCGCCAUUUUAGUGCUGACAUGGUAGCACAGAAGUUGGAGCUAAAACGUCACAGCAUUUGGAUGAAGUAUCUUUACAUUGUAUCUGAAGCUGUACCAGUAGAUUUCAUCUGGAGAUAGCAUACUCUGUAUGCAGGAUCAUCUGCAUGCUGAAUUGGACUGCAUUACUGUUCUGUGAGAAUUUCAGCAACUUUUCACCUACUCGGUAAAAAGAAUGGCGGCCGGUGGUACAGCCGAGGUUCUAGGGAAGAUUGGCGAGCGUCAUCUAGAAUGCUCCAUCUGCUUCAACCGUUUCACGGAGCCCAAAUUUCUUGACUGCUUACACACGUUUUGCUUAAAAUGUCUCAAACACAUCAUGAACAGCAAAGAUCCAGAUGUUGUAAUAAUAAAAUGUCCAAUGUGCAGACGUGAAACCACACUGGAGAGUAGUGGUGUUGAAGAUUUGCCUACUAACUUCUCACUGAGUGCCUUAGUGGAGGAGUUUGCAGUUCAUGAACAGUUUUUAGAGGGUCAAGGUUCGGAGAUCAAAUGUCAAAGCUGUGAUGAGCAAAACCAAGCCACUACAUUUUGUGUGAACUGCUCUCAGUUUUUAUGUCAAGAUUGCCAUAAUGCACACGAGCGUCUGGGAAUAACAAAAUCCCACAAAACCUACACAAUGGCGCAGUUUCAAACCGGAGAGAUCAGCUACAAGAGCAGGCUAAGAGAAGAACCGAAGUGCGGCAAACACCCAGACAUGAAUCUCAACAUUUACUGCAACACCUGCGAGCAGUUGUUAUGCACAACUUGCUCGGUUCUGAAACAUCAAAAGCAUUCUUUUGAUGACCUGACGGACGCUUUUGAUAAAUGCAAGCAAGAGAUUGCAGAGCUAAAAGCAAAGGCCGAAGACAAGAAAACUGCGCUGAGCAAUGCCAAGAAAAACAUGGCCAAUUCACGGACACAACUGGAUUCCAUGUUUGAAGCCACCAACAAGAAGAUCUCCCAAAAGGCUGACAAGGAGGUUGCUAAGAUCAGGGAGACAGAGCAGAAACUCAAGCAUGAAGCAAAGGAGAUCUACCAAGACAAAAUCAAGACAUUUGAGACAACAGAAGACAACUAUGAUGCAGAACUGGCCAUAGCAGAGCAGACGCUGGAUAAGAUGAACCAACUCCUCGCUCAACAAAUCAAGACGGAGAUUUUACACCUCAAGCGAAAAUUCGUGCGCCACCUCAAAGAAAUGACUGAAAAACAUCCAGCAGUAGUCCCCGGCAACAUAUGCUUUAUUGACUUUCAAGAAUGUGACGAGGAUUCACUCGGGAGGUUACUUCUGAAAAACGAGUGGAAACUGGCGAGAGAAACGAAACUGGAUGAGUUAUACGACGUUUCCAGAAUUAACUCCGUGGCUGUUUUCUCCAACAACGAAAUAGUCGCAGUGGACAGUGCACACAAACAGCUGAUAACCUACUCACCACCAAGCGACCCCCAUUCUCCCUUCACCUCACAAAUGCCAGAGAUACCCGAUCUGAGAGACCCAGACCAAGUUGCUGUCAACCGAUGGGACCAGCUCAUCGUACUUGAUGGUCUCAUUGUCAAGACCUUCAGCAGAGAAUAUCAGCUUCUCCAUCAGUUCCAGCCGGGACUCGACUCCGACAGCAAACCAACGUGUCUGGCGGUAGACGACAACAGCGUCAUAGCUGUGGGUUAUGAAGCCGAGGGAGAGAUCAGCCUCCACAAGCCGGACGGAUGCCUCACUAAAAAAAUAUCAGCACCUGGGAUCGCGGAUCAACUGGUCAUCAGCAACAAGCAUUUAAUCUACACUGCCUGCUUGAAAGGGAAAAUGGUGUCCAUGGACUACAACGGUGACGUCAUUUUCAAGAUAGACACAGACAGCCCGAUGAGUCUGUGCUGUGAUAAACAAGGUGACAUUUACGUUGGUGAAGACUUGCAUUCCUUGCCCAGUGCGGCUAACAUCCACGUCUACAGUCCCAAUGGCAAACACAUGGACUGUCUGAUCAAGCAAUGUACCUAUCCACUUGGCAUGGCAUUCACACCUGCCGGUGAUCUCGUCUUAGGUGGAUGGGGCUCACUGCAAAUCUACCAACGAGAAUGAACAGUCAUACUUCAAAGAAGCUACUGCCCCAUAGAGACAGUUUGGCUUGGUUGUUAGAAAAAAACGAUCAGAUGGUCAAUUGUUUCACUGCUGGCCAAAUGUUGCGUCCUUACGAUACUUCAAUGACGAGAAGAGGUUUGGUUUUUGAAAUUAAUUCAAUCAUUUCUAUUAAAUGAUCUCAU